CAACUCCUCCGAGCCAACGCUUAUCUGAGAUUUCUGGGUACCUCAGAAGUCUUGGAUUUAAGCUUGUUCUGUAGCAAAAAGAGUAUAAACAAUGCCCAAUUGGGAGCUGAAGAGUUGUUGCAAGCAUGACCAGGUCGUAUUCUUAGCGACUAUUGGAGUCUUCACCGUUGUGAUCCUCGCGCUGUGGAGGACAAUAAUACUCACACCUUUUAAGCUCAUCACGGUGUUCUUGCAUGAAGCAAGCCAUGCAAUUGCUUGCAUACUCACAUGUGGCAAGGUGGAAGGUAUCCAGGUUCACGCAAAUGAGGGUGGGGUCACACAAACACGUGGUGGUAUAUAUUGUUUGAUCUUACCUGCAGGAUGUAAUACACUUUUGUCCCUAAUCUUUAUUUUUCGUUUCAAUGUAUCCUUAUUUUUGCCCUUUGUUAUGAGACAUUAUUUAUUGGCAUUUGGCAUUGACUUCGAAAAGCAAUUUUGGAAGUUUUGAGCAUGAUAUGAUUGUCUUACUGGAUAUGUGCAUACAUAGUUAACCUUAUUAAGUUUCUCAAUUUAUCACACUUGCAUUUGAUGUGCACAAGCUAAGUUUUGUCCUCAAUUUGUUAUACUUCAUCUUCAGUGCAUGUCUAAGAUGUGUCUGAGUAUAUGAUAGGGGCCAAAUAGUCUGUGUUGGCACAAACGUGGCUUCUGAUGCUAAAAUAGGACUCUUUAGAAGUUCUCAUGGUUUUUUUUAUUUCAUGCUUGCU